AUGGGCUACAGAGCCCAACACUACGAGGGCACGAGCCCGGUGCUGACCGUGGCCGAUCCGAACCUCGUCAAACGUAUCCUGGUCACCGACUAUCAGGCCUUUCCAGAUAAGCCCCGAUUCGAGUUCGGCCACGUGCUCGACACGGGUCUGUCGAACGCGAGCGGCAACGCGUGGCGCCGCCAACGG